CAGGUUCUGGAAUUAUCUCAGGUUAAUGAUAUUCGAGCUGGAGGGAUUCCUAAGGACCCAAGACUUUAUUCUGAGUUACAAAGUCGUAGAAAGGAUAAUUUGGAAAGUACCUCUUUGACAAUAUGUAGUGGCACAGACAUGGUCAAUAUCAAUUACACACACGUUGUGUGUCCAGAUGCAGAAACUGCUCAGUCAUGGCAACAAGGUUUACGAGCAAUCACAAAUAACAUUAAAGCUAGUAACGUUUGCCCAGUAACUUCGUUGAAAAAACACUGGAUGAAACUUGGAUUUCUUGUAGACCCAGAUGGAAAAAUUCCAGUUAGAAGAAUUGCCCAAACAUUUGCUUCUGGAAAGACAGAAAAGCUAGUUUAUCAGUGCAUUGGAGAAGUGGGACUCCCAUGUGGAAAGAAUGAUGUUAUUGAACAGGAGGAGUUCACAUUUGACAAGUUUUAUCAAAUCUAUCAUAAAAUCUGUCCUCGAAAUGAUAUAGAAGAACUGUUCAAUACUUUAACCCAAGGGAAAACUGAUCACGUAGACUGGAAAACUUUGAUGAACUUUUUAAAUGAGAAACAAAGAGACCCCAGACUGAAUGAAAUCCUCUAUCCUUUCUACAGUGAAAAGAGAGUCAAGGAAAUUAUUUCCACUUACGAACCAGAUUCAGAGAAAGCUCAGGAAGGUUACUUGACCCAAGAUGGAUUGAUCAGGUACUUAAUGUCCAAUGAGAAUGCACCAGUGUUUUUAGACAGGCUGGAGAUUUACAUGGACAUGGAUCAGCCUUUGUCUCACUAUUACAUCAACUCCUCCCACAACACAUAUCUCACUGGGAGACAGUUUGGUGGCCGAUCCUCGGUAGAAAUGUACAGACAAGUGCUACUUGCUGGAUGCAGGUGUGUAGAGCUGGACUGUUGGGAUGGGAAGGGAGAAGAUGAAGAACCUAUUAUUACACAUGGAAAAGCUAUGUGUACAGACAUUUUAUGUAAGGAUGUGUUCUAUGCUAUCAGAGACUGUGCUUUUGUAACAUCUGAUUAUCCUGUUAUUCUUUCAUUUGAAAAUCACUGCAGUAAAACCCAACAAUACAAGCUAGCCAGGUAUUGUGAUGAGAUUCUUGGUGAGCUGCUAUUGAAAGAGCCACUGCCAGAAUAUCCUUUAGAGCCAGGGGUGCCUCUUCCAAGCCCUAAUGAUAUGAAGAGAAAGAUCUUAAUCAAGAACAAGAGAUUGAAACCAGAAGUUGAGAAACAGGAAAUGGAAUUGUGGAGAAAAGGACAGUUACAAAAUGAUGAUGAGGAAGAAAAAGAAGAUGCAGCAGUGAAUGUAGAAGCCCUGACUACGGGCUCAGGAGAUGAAACAGUUGAUGAAAAGAAGGAGGUAAGUGAAGAACAAGUUGCCAUGGCAAAUUACCAGUAUACCGGUGCUACCACACAUGUCCAUCCUCUUUUGUCAUCUCUUGUCAACUAUGCUGAACCAAUCAAAUUCCAAGGAUUUGAUGUUGCAGAAGAGAAGAACAUUCACUGGAACAUGUCUUCAUUUGCUGAAACGGCAGCUCUUGGCUACCUCAAGUCUCAGGCCAUUGAAUUUGUAAACUACAACAAGAGACAGUUAAGUAGAAUUUAUCCUAAAGGAACAAGAGCUGAUUCUAGCAACUUCAUGCCCCAGAUUUUUUGGAAUGCUGGCUGUCAGAUGGUAGCAUUGAAUUUCCAAACACCUGAUCUCCCAAUGCAACUCAACCAGGGAAAGUUUGAAUACAAUGGAGGCUGUGGGUAUCUUUUGAAACCUGACUUCAUGAGACGUCAAGACAAGACUUUUGAUCCUUUUGCUGAGUCUCCAGUAGAUGGUGUUAUUGCAGCCCAAUGUUCUGUUCGUGUGAUAUCAGGCCAGUUCUUAUCAGAUAAGAAAGUGGGAACCUACGUGGAAGUGGACAUGUAUGGACUGCCAACUGACACUAUUAGGAAGGAGUUUAGAACAAGGAUGGUUCCCUCAAAUGGUCUGAACCCUGUCUAUAAUGAAGAGCCUUUUGUCUUUAGAAAGGUUGUGUUACCUGAUUUGGCAGUGAUCCGUAUAGCUGUAUAUGAUGAAAAUGGAAAAAUGUUGGGACAAAGAAUCUUACCUAUGGAUGGGUUACAGGCUGGUUAUCGCCAUGUUGCUCUUCGGACUGAAGGAAAUUUUCCCACAUCGCUAGCCAUGUUAUUUAUUUGUAUUGAGCUGAAGAUCUAUGUUCCUGAUGGACUAGGAGAUUUAAUGGAUGCCUUGUCUGAUCCAAGAGCCUUCUUAUCAGCCCAGGAAAAGCGAGCUGCACAAAUGAAAGCAAUGGGGAUUGAAGAAGCUGAUAUUCAGACUAAAGAUUUGAAGUUAGGAAGUUCAAAGAAAGAGGAAGAGAAAAAAGAUGAUUUUAAGAUGGAACCCAUAACUUCAGAGAGCCUCAAGGUUGAAAAACCUUUUCUUAAAUUGACCAGGAAGCAACAAAAGGAACUAGAUACUGUGAAGAAACGUCAUCAAAAAGAGAAAACUGGAAUCCAGAAGCAACAGUGUGUUGCAAUUGAUAAAAUCAUAAAAGGGAACAAAAGAGAAGACUUAGCAAAUGACCCUCAAGUUCGAGAAAUGGUGGUAGACCAAAUGAAACAGUGGUCCGAGAUGCUUGAAAGACACCGUCGAGAGGAGUGGGACCUCUUGAAAGCCCAUCUCCAACAACAGGGAGAUAUCCUUAAGAGACUAAUGGAGAUAGCCCAAGCUGGGCAAAUGAAACAGUUAGAAGUUAAAUUUGAAAGGGAAAAUAAAGAAAUGAAGACUAGACAAGCUAAAGCAUCUGUAGAGACAGCAAGAGAAGUUGCAAAUGAUAAAACUCUUCGGAACAAAGCAGAACGUGAGAGGAGGCUACGGGAAAAAAACAGCAACAACACCAAAAAGUUUAUUGAAGAACGGAAGACUGCUGCUCUAAAACAAGGAAAAGAACGUGAAAAGCUGAAGAAGGUUCAUGAAAAACAAGUGCAAGAUCUCAUCAAAGAUAUCGAAAACGCAAUAGAAAUGUACAACAAUGCUGAGACUGAAUAUAGAUUGGCAGCAAAAAUGGAGUGUUUCAUUUGAAUUGUUGAGGAGGUGAGAUUAUUGUGGGUGAGCAUUUACUUCUAGGUGUAAAAGCAGAUUGCUAUGUGGUAUGGCUUUGAACUUCUUCACAUUCCUACAGCCUGUGGAAUUUACCAUCUCUUCUUUUUUGACAUUACUUUUCGAUUUUGCUAAAGAUCUUUUUGGGUAACUUUUUGGCAUAUUUUUAAAAAUAUUUCUACUUUUACAAUGACCACUUUUAUGUGUUAACAAAUAAUACACACAUGUGUAAGAUUUAGUGCUUAUAAAUAUCAGCAAAAGCUCUGCUAUUUUUGUUUUUUUUUGCACAUUUAAACUUUUUCAUGUUCCUUUUUUAUUGUUAUUAUUUCUAUAUAAUUUAG